AUGGACAAACACAAUCUAACAGCGCUGACUGAAUUCAUUCUGAUGGGAAUCACAGACCUCCCUGAGCUGCAGGCUCCAUUGUUCGGGCUGUUCCUCAUCAUCUACAUGAUCUCAGUGGUGGGCAACUUGGGCAUCAUCAUCCUCACCAAGAUGGACUCCAAGCUACAAACUCCCAUGUACUUUUUUCUCAGACACCUGGCUAUCACUGAUCUUGGUUAUUCAACAGCUGUGGGACCCAAAAUGUUGGUAAAUUUUGUUGUGGAUGAAAACACAAUCUCUUAUUAUUUUUGUGCUACACAGCUAGCUUUUUUAAUUUUGUUCAUAAAUGGUGAAUUUUUUAUUCUGUCAGUAAUGUCUUAUGACCGAUAUGUGGCCAUCUGUAACCCUCUGCUCUACACAGUCAUCAUGUCACAAAGGACAUGUUGGGUGCUGAUGGCAAUCGUCUAUCUCCACAGCACAUUUUAUUCUCUUCUAGUCACCAUAAAAAUUUUUAAUUUGUCCUUCUGUGACUACAGUGUCAUCAGGCAUUUCUACUGUGAUGGUCUCCACUUGUUAACUUUGCUCUGCUCAAACACACAUGAAAUCGAAUUGAUCCUUCUCAUCUUAGCAGCUUUUGAUUUGAUUUCAUCCCUCCUAAUAGUUCUUGUUCCUUACCUGCUCAUUCUUGUAGCCAUUCUCAGGAUGAACUCAGCUGAGGGCAGGCACAAGGCCUUCUCCACCUGUGGAUCCCACCUGACUGUGGUGGUAGUGUUCUCUGGGACUUUAAUCUUUAUGUACGUGCAGCCCAAGUCCAGUCAUUCCUUUGACACUGAUAAAGUGGCUUCCAUAUUUUACACCCUGGUGAUCCCCAUGUUGAAUCCCUUGAUCUAUGGUUUGAGGAAUUAUGAUGUGAAAUAUGUCUUACACAUGACUUUGGGACAAUUAUGCAAUAUAUUUUCUCAAAGUUCACUAUACCGAAUCAUUCAUACAAAUUACAUUAUGGGCUUUAAACUUUCUUCUGUGUGCCUCCAGCGGGGAUAG